GCCAGGACACCGGUCAGCCCCUUGGCUGGAAGCUAGUUAAGCAAUUUUAGCAAAAAUAUUGGAGUUUAGCUAGAAGCAAAUCCAGCGGGCGAUGAGCUAAACUUUUGACAGUUAGAGAUUAUUUCAUCAAGUUUCAGCUUUAUGAAUGAAUGUUAAUGUUAAAUUCUGUGUAAGUGAGUGUGAAGAGUGUGUUUCUGGACCGUCGCCAGAUUUAUUAAAACAGGCAGGUGGCUAGCGGUGUGUCAACAUCAGCAGCUGUGAUGCGUGUGAUGUUUGUGAGUGGUUUCUAAGAUGCCAGUUCACUCGAAGGAGAAGAAGGAGAGCGCUCAGGAGGAGAUGGAGGUGGAUUACGGAGAGCAGGAGGGCAGUAGCUCAGAGGAGGAGGACACUGACACUUCAUCCGGCUCUGAGGAUGGAGAGAGCUCUGAGAUGGACGAUGAGGACUGUGAGAGGAGACGGCUGGAAUGUCUGGAUGAGAUGACGAAUCUGGAGAAACAGUUUACAGACCUGAAGGAUCAGCUGUAUAAGGAGCGGUUGAGUCAGGUUGAUGCUAAACUACAGGAAGUGAUCUCCGGGAAAGCAUCUGAGUAUCUGGAACCUCUCGCAAACCUGCAGGAGAACAUGCAGAUCAGAACUAAAGUGGCAGGUAUCUACAGGGAGCUGUGUUUGGAGUCAGUGAAACAUAAAUAUGAUUGUGAGACUCAGGCAGCAUUUCAGCACUGGGAGAGUGAGAAGCUGCUGCUGUUCGACACGGUGCAGACUGAACUGGAAGAAAAAAUCAGACGGCUGGAAGAAGACCGACACAGUAUAGACAUCACCUCAGAGCUGUGGAACGAUGAACUGCAGUCGAGAAAAAACAAAAAGAAAGAUCCCUUCAGUCCGGACAAGAAGAAAAAACCUGUCGUGGUGUCCGGGCCAUAUAUCGUUUACAUGCUGCAUGAUCUGGACAUUCUGGAGGACUGGACCGCCAUCAGAAAGGCCAUGGCCACUUUGGGACCUCACCGAGUCAAACCUGAUGUUUGUUCAUCUAAAAGCGAGAAGCAGCAGCACAGCGCGCGCUCGGAGGACGGCCGGCUGCUGUACGAUGGAGAAUGGUACAGUCGAGGACAAACCAUCUGUAUAGACAAGAAGGACGAGUUUCCCACCAGUGCUAUAAUAACGACCAUAAAUCACGAUGAAGUUUGGUUUAAGCGUUCGGACGGCAGCAAAUCGAAGCUUUACAUCUCACAGCUGCAGAAAGGCAAAUACACCAUCAAACACGCCUGAGAGAACCUGACGAACCGCGCCACGUGUUCAACAACACUGUUCCAUAACUUGUAUAUGUGUGUGAUGCUCCUUGUUUUCAUUUUCAUUCUUACAGAUGUUAUUUUUCUGAGGUGAUCGUAUUUUUUUUCUACGUUUUCUGUAAAUAUACUCCACUUCGACUGCUGCCUGAUGGAUCAGUGUUACUCUUACCUGUGUGUGUGAGUGAGAGAGAAAGAGAACGAUGUUUACAUUUCUGCUAUAGCCAUGUGCCACAAUUAAAGUUUCAUAUCACAAA